AUGGGUUUAGAGCUUGACAAGCUCGAUGACCUUGCUGAUGCACUUGAAGCCCUCCAUCCUUAUCUUACUUACCCAAUACAAGUUGAUGAAUUCUUAUCUAUUUCUGAUAAAGAUAUUGUUUAUGAAGUUCCUAAUGAUGAUCAAGUUAUUACAGAUAUUGUAAACAUAUUUAGGACAGCUGAUUUAGCUGCUGAAGAUUCAAAAGAAAUAGAAGGUAAUGAUAGUAAUGAAAUUCCUAUAAUUGAUACUAAUAUGGCAUUGACAAGCUUGAAAACAGUGUACACAUUUCUUUUUCAGCAAGAUAAUGAUACUAAUGAAUAUAUUAAGGCUGUUAGAAAAAUUUGUUCCCAAUAG